AUGGCCCAGAUGUCCGUUGGGUCGCCCGACCGUGCGCGAGGUGGGGAAGUUGGGCGGACGAUGGCGCUGCGGCUUUUGCUCGCGAUGCUAACGGCGACGGGGGCGGCGGGUGAUUGUGGCAGACCUCCCGAGCUGGAACAUGGUUCUCCAAUUGAUGAAUCUGUUUCUGAGAUGGCAUUUGAAGUGGGGUCAGUGAUUAAUUACAGAUGUGAUUUGGGUUAUGUGUUCAAGGAAGAUUCAUUAUUGGGUUCAAGAUCUGUUACUUGCAAGGAAGAUUCAGCUUGGACACCAUUGGAGGUGAAAUGCGAAGUGAAGAACUGUGGUAAUCCAGGAGAGAUAAUACAAGGAUAUUCUUGGGCACCAAAUACAACUUUUGGAAGUAAAGCUGUUUUUUAUUGUGAUUCAGGGUACAUGUUGGUAGGUAGGAACUACCGGUUAUGCACAGCUGAUGGUUGGAAUGGUCAAAUUCCAACAUGCAAAGCUGUCACAUGUGCUAAUCUUCCACCCAUUAGAAAUAGCGAGACUCCAUCACCACCCUACGGAGAGUAUUGGGAGUAUGGAAUGGUUGCAAAAUAUUCUUGUGAUAAGAAGUACUCAUUGAUUGGUGCAGAGAGACUUGUUUGUACAGAAACUGGAGAGUGGAACAACCCACCACCAAAAUGCAAAGCUGUUCUUUGUCAUCCUCCUAACUUGCCAGAGAAUGGGCAGAUAGAGGCAGGAUUCGGCCCAACGUACAUCUAUGGGGAGACUAUCAGCUACAGCUGUGUUGAGGGUUUUCAAAUGGUCGGCGAAAGUGUGAUAGAAUGUAGAGAGAACAAUACAUUUGUACCAGGACCUCCCUCCUGCAAAUCCAUCACAUGUGCAGACCUUCCAUUGAUUAAUAACAGUCUAGCUCCAUCACCACCUUAUGGACAGCACUGGGAGUACAGAAUGGUUGCAAAAUUCUCCUGCAGUGCGGGCUAUUCAUUGAUUGGUGCAGCCAAACUAGUUUGUACAGAGACUGGGGAAUGGAACAACGUGCCACCAGAAUGCAAAGCUGUUCUUUGUCAUCCUCCUGACUUGCCAGCGGAUGGGCAGAUAGAGGCAGGAUUCGGUCCAAUGUACUCAUAUGGGGAGACUAUAAGCUACAGCUGUGCUGAAGGUUUUCAGAUGGUCGGCGAGAGUGUGAUAGAAUGUAGAGGAAACAAUACAUUUGUACCAGAACCUCCUUCCUGCACACCCGUUCAAUGUCAUCGUCCUGAACAGAUAGCAGGUGGCCAGAUAGAAGCAGGAUUCGGUCUGAUGUUCUCAUAUGGGGAGACUAUCAGCUACAGCUGUGAUGAAGGUUUUCAGAUGGUCGGCGAGAGUGUGAUAGAAUGUAGAGAAAACAAUACAUUUGUACCAGAACCUCCCUCCUGCACACUGAGGAACUGCAGUAAUCCAGAAGAAAUAGCAAAUGGAUAUAUUCAGGCACCAAAUACAACUUUUGGAAGUCGAGCUACUUUUUCCUGUAAAACGGGAUAUCAGCUGGUGGGAAGUAGCUACUUGUUGUGUGCUGCUGAUGGAUGGGAUGGACAAAUGCCAACAUGUGAGGCUGUCAGAUGUGCUCCUCUUCCACUAAUUAACAAUGGGAUAGCUCCAUCACCACCCAGCGGAGAGCAGUGGGAGUAUGGAGCAGUCGCAGCGUACUCCUGUGAUGCAGGCUAUUCAUUACAAGGUGCAGUCAAUCUCACUUGUAAAGAGAAUGGAGAGUGGAACUGGACUCCUCCAAUGUGCAUAGCGAAGAACUGUGGAUAUCCAGGAGAGAUAGUGAAUGGAUAUUCUUUGGCAGCAAAUACUACCUUUGGAAGUAGAGCCAUUUUUUAUUGUAAAAAAGGAUUCCUGAUGGUGGGUAAGAACUACCAAGUAUGUACUACUACAGGUUGGGAUGGUAAAAUCCCAGUGUGUAAAGAAAUAAAGUCAACACCAGUGAAGAUUGCUGAGUUUGCAGAGCCUAGGCUGAAGUUCUCCCAAGUUGAAGCACAGAAGAACUCAGGCCUUGAAACUGCUGGCAUUAUCAUCGUUUGCAUUGUAAUCUUCUGCUUUGCUGUUGGUGUUAUUGCUGGAUUAUUCCAGUAUAAAAAAAGGUGCUGGCUGUCCAGACAGUGUAAAACCUGCAAGAAUAUACGCAUUAAACCUCAGCCCAGUCAAAGCAAGGGGGAGGCCCAUUUUGAUGAAUACUCUGAUCAUCCAGCCUGAUCUUAAUGAAAGAAAUCCUAUGGUAAAGGUAAACAUUUGGUGACAUAUAUGUACUAUGAUAAUAAACUUUACUUUGAACUUUGAACAUUCAAUAUAAGUUCUAGUUUUUAAGCAACAAAUGAUUUGCCUGCUGUAUGUCUUAAGAAUGCAGCUAUUCUAGUCAGUAUUCAAUGUGUAUUAAGUAUCUACGAUUUAUUUUAUUUUACAAUUGUCAUUAUUUUUUUGCCCCAUAGGUCAAACUUCUGGCAACAUUCUAAUUCGUUAAUGUCAUUUCCAUGGAAAUUAACUCCAGCAUUUUUCCUUACAGUGUGUUGUGAAACACACAUUGGGUUGAGAGUUGGAGUUGUUUAGAAGUUUCAGAUUUAAUAUGUUUAAAAAGGCAGAUGAGAGCUUGUCUUUUUUUGAAUGAACAGUAUUUAGUCACAGUUGUGUUGCAAGGGUGUUAGUCCGGUCCCAAGUGAACAGUUGGUACUGAUUGGUGGUCUGAUGAGGUUUACUUUCAAGAACUUCCAUAAUAUGUUUAAGCGUGAUUCUGUAUUCUCUUUCAAUUUCCAAUGGAUAUGUUCAAUACUGAAUGUUGAAGCCCUAAAAUGAUCAAUUCACUUGUUUACAUCCCACUAUUUUCCUGUGGUAUGAUUCACCUAAAGUGAGACUGUUCUAUCACCUCUGUUUAGGUCUAACUGUUCCAAUCUAAGUGCUUAGUCUGUGCUUCUUACAUUAUCGUGCUAUGUUGAGUCAAAUUUGGAAUGAGAUCUUUGGACCUAUUUACUGAUGGACAGUUUGACAAUGAUAUCCCCUUUAGCAUAGACAGCUGUUUCACUGAGAAGAUAAUUGAUUAUAAAUUUAUGCACGUAACAUCUGAUUUUAAGUGUCAUCAUAACUGUUUGGUUUUGAUUUCUGAUCUUGCGUCACUGUUCAAUG